AUGGCUGACUACUCCUCGUGGAAGGUCACCGACCUCAAGGCAGAGCUCAAAAAGCGGGGAAUCCCUCAGACUGGGCUGCGCCUCAAGCAACAAUUCAUCGACAGGCUAGAGGAGGAAGACGCCAAAACGCAGCCUGAGGACGCGGCUGCUCCUGCUCCUGAGAAGGCUCCAGCGACCGAAGUUCAGCAGGAAUCUGCUCCCGAACCUGCUGAAAAGCUCAACACCCAAGAACCCGAAGAAAAACAGCUAGAAGGAGCCGAAGCACCAGCGCAAGAGCAACAAACCCCCAAGUCCGAAGCCGGCGCAACCCAGGCGCAGAAUAAAGAGACGCUUACAGAGGAUGUGUCGCAAGAUGUGAAAGGAGUGGUUGAUGCGCAAGCACCAGCCGAGGAGCAAGGCUCCCAAGAGGUUUCACCUUCUGAGGUGACCGCAACCGCAGCAGAGCCCUCGGAGCCCGCAGAGCCCGCAAAGCCCGUUGAACAAACCCCCGCAAUUGCAGAUGAGCCUCUUUCAUUGGAACCUACAACCACUACCGAGCUCGCCCCCUCGGUGACUCAGACAUCGGGAGCAAACACAGGGCUGUCAACACCCCUGCCCGUCGAAGAAGUCUUGGAGGAUAAGCGAAAGCGGAAGCGCCGCAGCCAGAGCCCUGUCCCAACCCCCGAGGCGAUCGCACAGAAGAAAGCUCGAGCGCAGGAAGAGAGCCCCCCUGUCAUAUCGAAAGACGACGUUCCUCCUGGAACGGACCCCAAAGACUUUGCGCAGCCAGAACAGCCGCCAGCCGAGACUCCAAAAGAAGAACCUGUCGCACCAGCUAAACAAGAUGCACGGUUUCGAGGGCUAUUUGCUGCAGAGCCUGCACCUCCUCGCCCACCUUCUCCAGUGCGGGAUAUUGCCAUGGAAGAUGCGACUGUCGAACCUGCUAUUCACCCCGCAACCUGCUCUCUCUACAUUGACGGGCUCAUGCGUCCUCUACAACCCAACGGACUUCGCAACCACCUGAUCAGUCUGGCGUCUACACCCGAGGCACCCAUUGCGGCCGAGUUGGUGAAAGAAUUUUGGCUCGAUCCCAUCAAGACACACUGCUUCGUCCGAUUCAGUGACAUUGCGGCGGCGGCACGGGUCCGCUCUGCAAUCCACGGAACAGUGUGGCCGAACGAGCGCAACCGGAAGAGUCUGCAGCACGAGAUCGAUCUGGGCCCCCCCGCUCGCUGGGAAGUUCAGUACGAAUCCAAGGGUGAUGGCAUUGUCGCUAUCCUGGCAGAAGCUGGGUCAAGCUCGCGCUCCGGACCAUCUAAAACGCGCGAGCCCGGCUUCAAUCGUACUCCGCCAUUAGGUCCGCGUGGCAGCGUUGCUCAGCCUGAACGCCGUGCCUCUAAUAAUGCCCCACCUGCACCGCCGUCGCGACCCGGUCAAGGCUUCAAGCCCUUAGACGACCUAUUCGAGUCUACUACUACGAAGCCCAAGCUGUACUAUCUUCGCGUUCCUCGAGAGGUGGCUGACAAGCGCCUGGAUCAAUUUGACGAGUUGAUCCGUAAGGGCCAGUUCCCGCGCCGCGGUGGUGACGAGAUGCGCCGAAUCACGUUUGCAGAUGAGGAUCGCUUCGUGGAUGGCGGUCCCGAGUAUGGCCCUGGCGCCCGGGGCGCCCACCGGGGACGAGGCGGUGGACGAGGUGGCGGACGUGGAGAUGGUCGUCGACGGUGA